UGUCAAACUCGCGUUCGCAUGUUGUCAGAGUGCGGUGGAAUGUGCGAUUUCCCGGCGGUGAUCCGUUUCUGACCGUAAAUUUGCAACUAAAAUCUCUCCCCUCCUUCAAAAUGGCCCAAAACGCCGACCUCAUCAAGCAGGCCAUGUUCGAGGAACUGCAAAAGAUCCUGAACCCGAACGGAGAAAUCCGCCGCAAUGCCGAGGAGAGGUUAGCCCAGCUCAAGUACACGGAAGGAUAUGGCAUUUAUCUGGCGGAGAUUACGAUAAAUCAAAGUUUGGACCUGGCUCUGCGGCAGCUGGCCUCCGUUAUGCUGAAGCAGUACGUCGAGGAUUGCUGGACCGUGGAGGAAAGUGAAGCCGAAACCGGAACAAACGGCACGCUGCUCGUGAACAAUGAGGCCAAGACGGCGAUUAAGACAAUCCUGCCGCAGGGUUUGAAUGACCCGAACAGCAAGAUUCGGAGCGUUGUUGCGUACUCGAUUUCGAACAUUGCGUCGUACGAUUGGCCAAACGACUGGCAGGAGCUGUUCGGAAUCAUCGUAAAAUGCCUCAGCAGCGGAAACGAAAACUCCGUGCACGGUGCCAUGAAGGUGCUGGUCGAGUUUACGUUGGAUCUGGACGAGAAACAGAUCGUGGAUGUCGGUCCGAUGAUUCUUUCGGAAGUGUACCGGAUCUUCGAAGCCCAGACGGUGUACAGCGUAUCGACGCGGAGUUAUGCCGUUGAAAUUCUGCACUCUAUGCUGCGGAGCAUCACCACCCACAUCGAGUCCAAGCAGGAGCAGGGCAACAUUUUGAACGCCGUCCUCCCGGCGUUCAUGCAAAAGAUGAUCGAAGGGUUGACGGUUCCGAACGGACCGUACAGCAGCUUCCAGCUAAAGACUAAGAUUGUCAAAGUUCUCAAAUACAUGAUUUCCGACAUGUCCAAGUUCGCCAACCAGUAUUUGGCGGCUAUUCUGCCUCCGAUUUGGCAGCUUCUUACGCAAAUGGCCGACGUGUACAUCAAGGUGAUCGUGAACGAAACGGAGGAAUCGCCCUUUGUGGACAACGGGGAAGCUUCAUUCCAUAUUCCAGGCGAUGAAAAUGAAGAGUUCAUUUCGAUGAUUUUGCAGAUUUUCGAAUUUCUGCACACGAUCAUCGAAAUUAAAAAGUACAAAGGUGCCAUCACGAACGUCCUCACGGAUCUCAUUUACAUCGUCAUUCUGUACAUGCAAAUGACGGAGGAACAGGUGCAGAGCUGGCACGAGGAUCCGGAAAAGUUUGUCGAGGACGAGGACGAGCAGGGCGUGGACUUUACGAUCCGAACAACCGCGCUGGAUGUCCUGUUGAUGCUUGGCCAAGAGUACGACCAGAAGUUGCUGGCCAGCUUCUCGGAAGCGCUGGGCAAGCACAUCACCGUAGCCGAUGCCGACCGGAACGCCGGCCAUCCGUACUGGUGGAAGCUAUACGAGGCGUCCAUGCUGGCCGUGGGCUCGUUCAAGGAGAUGAUUGUCAAGAACGAGGACAAGUUCGAUCUGGGCCAGUACAUGAACCUGGUCAAAGGCAUUAUGGAGUAUCAGCUGGCACAGGAAGAAAAAGCCUCCCCGUACCUGCUGGGUCGGUGCCUGUGGAUCAUCAGCCGGUACUGCGACUGCAACCUGUUCGACCAGCAAACGCUGCUGCAGGUGGUGAACAUCAUCAUCAACAGCAUGUCGCUGGACAAGCCGGUGGUGCUGCGACUGACCGCGGCCCGUUCGAUCUACGGCUUUUGCACAAUCCUGCGCGAGUGCAACGACGAACGGAAGCUGUGCCUGGUGCCGAAGCUGGAGCAGUUCUUCGAGUGUCUGAUGCCGCUGUUCAGCCAGUCCCAGAACACGGUGCAGAGUUUGCUGCUGGAGACGCUGACGGCGAUCAUCGCGUACGAUCCGAACGUGACGGCGUCAAUUUCCAGCAAGGUCGUGUCGCUGACGAUCGCAAUGUUUUUAAAGUAUCACGACGAUCGCGUCAUUCUGGAGUCGGUGCAGGACAUUUUGAAAAUCCUCGCCCAGAAUCCGUUCUGCUUGGUUCCGCUGCAGGAGAAGAUUAUUCCGACGUUGGUCAGCAUUUUGAGUUCGGAGGGCGAGCAAACGGCCACGAUGCACGACAUUGCGCUGGACAUUCUGGGCACGGUCGUCAAGUAUUCGCGCGGACCGUUGAGCAGCUGUAUGGUCGAGAGUGCCUUCCCGGCCGCGGUCCAUUGCAUUUUGCGAACGGAAGACGCCUCGGUUAUGCAAUCCGGCGGGGAGUGCUUGCGGGCUUUUCUGACCAUUGACGCCGAACAGAUCUGCGGGUACAAGAACGGUGAAGGGUUAAACUACAUCAUGGAAGUUACGACGAUGCUGUUGAAUCCGAUCAACACCGAAUCGACGGCGGCGUUCAUCGGUCGGCUAGUCGUGGUCAUCAUCACAAAGGUGGGAAAUCUGCUAGGAGAAAACGUUGACCUGCUGCUGAAGGCGGUUCUCAGCAAGAUGCAGCUGGUUCAGUCGCUGCACGUGAUCAUGAGUUUGGUCAUCAUCUUUGCCCAUCUCAUUAUUGUCCAGAUGGACGCGGUGCUUAACUUUUUGAGCACCGUCCCGGGUCCAACUGGCGAACCGGCAAUGUCGUUCGUGUUUGCCAACUGGCUCAGCCGGCAGCACAUGUUCUACGGAGCGUACGAGCGCAAGGUCUGCACGAUGGCACUUUGCAAGCUGUUCGAGUACGGAGUGACCACAAAGGAUGAACGGAUCACGAAUGUCAUGAUCAAGGAAGCGGUCGUCAAUGUGCAGCAGGGCAGGCGAACUCGAUCGGCCACCGCGAGCGCUCAACAGGAGUGGGUCGAUGUUCCGAUUCUGUUGAAGAUCUUCAAGCUGCUGCUCAACGAACUGAGCAAUUUGAAGGAGUCGAAAGAGGCGCUCGAACAAAACGGGUCGGAAUCGGACGAAUCUGACAGCGAAUCUGCGGAACCAAAGGGCGCAACUAACCUGUCGGCGAUGAUGCUUUUCGAUGAUGAUGACGAGGAGGACGACGAUCAGCAGAUGAUGAUGCAGGAGCUGAUGCAGAAUCCGAUCUUCCAGUGCGACAUGCAGGAAUAUCUGGUCAAGUUUGUGCAGAGCUUCAGCUGCGACGAACACUUUCGGGUGUUUUUGGAAAAGCUGGAAGACGCGGAAAAGCUGAUCCUGAAAGGAUUCGGUAUCAACGUAGCUUAAGUCGUAAAGUGAGUGCUUUUAACAUUAAAUGUUAUUAUCAGAAGCCAGUGAAGUCGCGUAAACGCGAAUAAAAUCAUGUUACUCUUUGAAAA